GCUCAGGAGGUCACUCGGCCCAGAUGACCUCGUAUUCAGACAGCGGCUACCAGGACAGCAGCGUUAGUUAUUACAGCAACCAGAACGUGGUGCGUUCGGAGCCCCGGGCAUCGAUAUCGAGGAGCCCGAGAGCUGAGGGUCAAGCCUCUGGACAGGUGUCUGGCAGGGUGUUACGGAGGAUGGCCUCGCUCCCCUCCAGGAGCCAGUCUCCCGGUUGUGGCACUGCCGGCACCGUCUCUCCCUCCCGCAUCUCCCUGCGAACAUCCCAGGGCAGCACCUACGACUCACCCAUCCUCUCAGAGCCCAAACCUCUGGCCGCCGUGUUCCCCGGCACCUCCAUGCCGCCCUCCUGCCCCUCGCCAACCUCCCCGACUGACGGCACACAGGCCCUGGGUGGUGGGGUGGGAGGAGUAGGAGGUCGCCUGGGCUCCACCCUGUCUCUGGUGGAGGGGAGGGGUAUGACGGGGUCACCGCUGCGUUCGGGGAUGACGGCGGUGCCGCAGCAUUACGGCUCCACGCUGCCCAGGCAGAGCCAGCCGCUGGCCUACGGAGCCGACCCAUACGGCCUGUACCAGAGGAGCGCGCUGCCCCGGCCCGACAGCCUCAUAG